AUGUCAAAACUCAAAACAUCAACUGAAGAUCCAACUAGGAGACUGCUUUAUCUUACUCUAACCAGACCAGAUAUCACAUUUGCUGUCAACCGGUUGAGUCAGUUUCUCUCUUGUCCUACAGAUGCACAUCUCCAAGCAGUGUACAAUGUGCUCAAGUAUCUUAAAGCAAAUCCGGGCCAAGGUUUGUUCUACUCUGUUAAUACAGAACUUUGUCUCAAUGGAUUUUCAGAUGCUGAUUGGGGUACGUGCUUAGACACAAGAAGAUCUGUUACCGGUAUAUGUGUGUUCUUAGGAACUUCUUUGAUCUCUUGGAAAUCAAAGAAACAACAGGUUGCAAGCAGUAGUAGCACUGAAGCUGAAUACAGAGCCAUGGCCAUGGCUUCUGAUGAAAUGGUAUGGCUUAAUCAAUUGUUAAAGAGUCUCCAUAUCUUUGUGACUUCUCAGGCUAAGCUCUUCACUGAUAACAAGUCAGCAAUGCACAUUGCUAAUAAUCCGGUAUUUCACGAGAGAAUAAAACAUAUGGAGAUAGAUUGCCAUAGAACCAGAGAUCGGAUCAAAGAGGGUUUACUAAAAGUUUUUCAUGUUACAACCAAUAAUCAGUUGGCAGAUAUCUUGACAAAGCCUCUUCAUCCAGGGCCUUUUCAUUCUGUACUUGGCCGUAUGUCAGUUUCAAGUCUCUUCACUUCACAAGAGGAUUCUGUUGUAGAGACUUGA